AUGGGGGACUGGAGUCUCCUUGGAAACUUCCUGGAAGAGGUACAGGAACACUCUACCUCUGUAGGAAAGGUAUGGCUCACUAUCCUCUUCAUCUUCCGCAUUCUGGUGCUGGGCACAGCGGCCGAGUCAUCUUGGGGUGACGAGCAAUCCGACUUCAUGUGCGACACCCAGCAGCCUGGUUGCACCAACGUCUGCUAUGACCGAGCAUUCCCUAUCGCCCACAUCCGAUACUGGGUACUUCAGAUUGUCUUUGUCUCCACUCCCUCUCUUAUUUACAUGGGCCACGCCAUGCAUACUGUGCGCAUGGAAGAAAAACGAAGGCAGCGAGAGCAGGAGAAGCAGGAGGCAAAUGAUGGAGGAGUGGGUGCUAAAGGUGGUGACAAGGACUACCUGGAGCAGAGGGAGAAAGCAUCUGAAGCACCAGCCAAGUUUCUCCUAAAAGGAGCACUUCUGCAGACAUAUGUGUUAAGCAUUCUGAUUCGUUUGGUCAUGGAAGUGGUCUUCAUUGUUAUACAGUACAUGAUGUAUGGAAUCUUUUUGGAGGCUUUGUACCACUGCAACACCUUGCCAUGUCCCAACCCAGUCAACUGCUACAUGUCACGGCCAACAGAAAAGAAUGUCUUCAUCGUGUUCAUGCUGGUGGUUGCAGCUGUAUCCUUGUUCCUCAGUGUUCUGGAGCUCUACCACCUUGGCUGGAAGCAGUGCAGGUGCUGCUUUCAAAUGUACAUGAACAGACAUGCUAACAACAGUGACACUGACACCAGCAGCAAAAAUGCCAAGAUUUCUGCUCCAAUGUUAGACAUGCCAACUGCUGGAAUGAAUAUUUCAGACUCCCCUCAGGUGCGCCAGUCUAUAAACUGCACCCCACCACCAGAUUUCAACCAGUGCUUAGCAUCUGCAACAGGAACAGUUUCACCUCAUCUUCAUCACCAUAAUCUUAAUCCUAUCCACUCAAACUACCAGCCCUUCACCAACCAUUUGGCCCACCAGCAGAACUCAGCAAACUUGGCCACCGAGCGCCACUCCCGCCGCAGCCAAGACAACCUAAAGGUAAAUGAGGACUUUCUGAGGAUGAGCUAUGAGCCUUCGCUAAGUGUUGCACCUUGUAGUCACAGCCUUUGUGCAGCAACACCAAGUGCUCCCUCCACACCAAAAUCCAGUUCCAGCUUCAACACAGACAAACGGCACCUUAGUAAGACCAGUGGCUCCAGUACCAGCAGAGUCCGGCCGGACCUGGCAGUGUGA